GCAUACUAUUGUCGACAGCAGAAGCGUGAAGACACAGUAAAGUCGCAAGAAUCGAUACCGGUAUAUUUUGGGUCAUUUGAAUAUUCAGAUAAUGAACAGUAAUGGUGCCAUUUGUGUAAUCUUUGCUGGCAUUUUUAUAAUUUGUCUUUAUGGUGAUGUCAUCGAAAUUCCUUUUUCAUCCCCAUACUACAACCCCGACACAAAGAAACCCUUACGGAUGACAUCGAUCGAGAAUAUGCUAGUCAACAAUACCAAAUAUGCCACCAAACAGGCAGGGCCAUUGAAGAUAUCCCAAAAAACUUUGAGGAGAGUUGGAUUUAGGAGUAAUGGUUGCAAUUGCCAAGCGCUCAACUGUGGAUGCUGUCUCGGAAUCAACUUGAACCAAUUCAAUUUCAACAGAGAAGGUUGCAUGAAUUUUACGUAUGACCCGAACGAAUUUGCUGUCAACAUGAAUAUGUAUAUGAACAACAACAAUAUAUUCUCCAAUUCUUUCUCAGCUAAAAACCCGCCUCCAUUGUGCAUGCCCAUACCGAUACCGUACAUCCCCAUCCAAGUCCACGCAUGCGCGCGCGUGUUCAACAUCCACACCCCGGGCAGCAACCUGCACCUAUGUCUCGACUUCGAGACGAGAAUCCAGAAUGCUGCCGUCCUCGUGCUGCACUUCGACUGCAUCCGGAUGGGCCUUGACGGGGUGGCCGUUUUGAAGCCCGAGGACGGGGGUGGAUUGCCGCCCUCGCUGCCCGUCAGCCCCUCAGAUGAGGAUCAGGUCGAUACGGACAUUUACGACGAAGUUACCGAGAUCAAGUUGAGUUGACGUAGCUACUUUGUAUAUGAAUUGCUCAAUAGUUGAAACGUAACGAUGCAUAAUCAGGGGCGGAUUAUAGUACAAGCCUGCAAAGCCAGGGCUUGUAGCGGUAAAUCACAGAGAGCGAAAAAAAUUCCAAAUACCUACUUUAAAAAAAAUUAAUGGGAUCAGAAAUCAAAUUAUAUAUUUCCUUAUGUGGGUACUUUAGACUAUGAUACUUAUCUUAUAACUAUACAACAUAUUUUUAAAAUCGCACUGUUAGUUUGCGUCUAGCUAGACCAGUGAAUCUUUGAAACAUCGAGGUCAGGUUACGUCACCCACACUACUACGAGUAAAACGAUAGCUUUGUGGUCUGUGUAUCUGAUUUCCAUGGUGGUGACUGGGGUUCAAUCCCUGCAAGGCGUCAUUUUUUUCUCAAUUUUUUUCACGAGUAAUUUUUUUAAAAUUAUGCUGAUUUUCUUCAACUUGAGGAAGAAAGUAUUUCAAUGAUCUUAAACUGAUAGGAUGACUCAAUAAGAAGAAAAUAGCAUUUUCAUGAAUUCACAUGGAAGUGGAAAGGGAAUACUCUUUGAGACAACACAAUCUAACUCGGGUAAAAGAAACCUUUACUCUGGAAAAUUAUGUUGUCGAAGCUUUUUCUCAACGAGUAAAUGCCUCCACACAGUACCUUUUUCAGAGAAGAAGGAGAAUAUUCCCCCUGCAGAGAAAAGUACACUACUUUUUUAGACCAUCUAACCUUAUUACUUGGCCUAAAUGAACCUUAUUCCUAAAGAGACAGUAGGUAUACUUUUUUCAGGGAGGAAGGAAAAUAUCCCUCCUGCAUAAAAAAAUUAUAAAAUGUAAAAUUUUUGUACUGGAGCCUCUGGUAGUGCCCCUAGAUGUCCCUCCGCGUGGCGCGGAGGUAGCUGGUGUUGGGCCAAGGGAUGUGAGAGGAUUUGUGGAGUGUUCGUCGCAGAGACCUAUCUCCUAGGGCUAGGCCCUUUAUAAAGGUAAUCUCACUGUGGGUACCCAGUGGGGUGGGGGAGUUGCUCAUACGUGAUCAGUGCAGGUAGUGUUUCCGGUUUUUGGAGGAAAAAUAACAUGUAUAGAAACAAAAAACCUCCUUCUAGUUUUGCUCGGACCGAUGUGAUGUUAUCAAUUAUGGUUUUCAUCACAUUUAUCUCUUCUUUCUUUAUAUUUGCUUGAUUUUGGUUUUUUGAUCCAGCUGAGCUCUGAACAUCUGCCAGUUCGUGUUUUUGUAGUCGAAUAUUUUCUUUAUGACUUCUGGUGGUUUUUGUCCAAAUUCGAACAGAACUGGCAGAUGGUCAGAGCUCAGCUCGUCCACUACCUGUAAGUCAGAGAUGUCCACCAUGUUUUUCGACAACACUAUGUACAGGACUGUCGGUGUCAUUACAUUGAUGGGGUAGUGCGUGGGAGUAUAUUUGGGUAGUCCAGGUUGAUAUUGGUGGCUUGCAGGUAUGCCCUCAGCCUGCUCCCAUUCUGAUUGUUCUGGACCCGGUUCCCCCAAUCGGCAUGUCGCGCGUUAAAAUCGCCCCCUAUUAUCACUUUAUUGCCAGCACUAGCCAGUGCUUCCAGAUCUUGUUCUGUGAGCUUAUUUCUGGGCCUGUUGUACGCUGCGAAGAUAAUUUCCCCACUCCGCAGUGUCACCCCGGCGUGUUCGAUUGAUGUUUGCCUUGGGGGGACCACGGUGUGGGGAAUAUUAUUCUUGAUUAGGAUGGCUACAUCCCCCUCCCAUCUAUCUGUAUUAGGCCGAUCGACCCUGACCGUGGUGAAGCCUCUUACUCUGAGGUUAUGGUCAUGACGGAGCUUGGUCCUCUGGUCUCGGACAAAAGAAUAAUGUCCAACUUGCGGCGAUAUAUAAAAUUAACAAGCGACGGCAUUUUGUUGUCGUCGCCGACAUGGGAUUCCAACGCACAGUCAACCACGCCACGGGUCGUAGUAGCUGUGGUAGUAUGAAGAAAGAAUUUAGUCGCUGUAUUGUUGUUUGUUACAUCCUAUCUCUUGGCGGUAAUAUUCGGAUUCGAACGAAGAAGCGAUAUCUGCUAGCAACGCUGCACUCCCCCAUCAUUCUAAAAUUUAUGGCAAGUGUACUCCCCAGACGCUACUAACAACAUUCAGUGUAUGUCUUCAGCUGCCGUUUGGAUCAAUACAAUUCAACAUCAAUUUCAUUGUCAAAUUCUUUUAAUAUACCAAUCAGCUGUUUCCCUACGCCAACGGAAGGAUAUAAAUAUGUAGAUAUAUAAUUAUCAUUAUCAUCAGUAUCAAAAGGCAAAUUGUAUCAUAAUCUGAUUGGCAAAUAAAUCUAAUCUAAUCUAAAUCUAAUCAUACAUACAUGUUGUUUGUCACACAAGAGAAAAUCAGUUGAUCUGAAUCUAAGAAAGAUAUUUUGGUUCUCAUUCAUAACAUCCAUAUCAUCAAUCUCAAAAGAGGAAACUUAUACAAGUGUUGUCGGGUAGAACCUAUAGUAGAGGGAUCAAACAAUAUGAUAUAACCGCUAUCCGCCAUAACUACUGAUUUGCAGCUUCGUUCAUACCCUUCUUUUGCUCAAAAAACGGAAAAACACAGAGCAAUCGGCCCCAUCUGUCAUUCUCUGCCGAGACGAUCUGGCCGGUCUAUAAAAGCCGACCAUACCGAUUCAGGGCGCGGCGAUUCAUUGUUCGACGUGGCAAAUAGCCAGGAAAGUAGUUGUUUUCUGUUGAAUAUUCAGAAAGAUAUUACAUGCAUAUAUAUUUUUAUCUGAAGAAGAAUGCAAAUUUUCAACUUCAUAAGAUUUUAUUUUCAAAAUUCUUAUCGUAUGUGUUCAAUAGAUAUAAUUCAAUAUGUUCGUCGUGGCAUAUAGCCAGGAAAGUAGUUGUUUACUGUUGAAUAUACCAAGGAAGAAUUAAUAUUUUCAUCACUAGAGAAUGCGAAUUCUCUAUGUAUUUCUUUAUAUAUCAAUUUCUUCAUGUUCAUAAUAUAUCUGAGAAUAUUCCGUUUCAAUACCUAUAUCCUUAUUUAGAAAGAAAAUAUACGUCAGUGGAUGAGCUCUCAAUAUCUUUUUUUUUUUUCGAAAAAAAGCGAUAUAAAACUACCGAGACAAAUGUUGUUCUAUUUCGAGGAAAUCUGUGAAUAAGUAGUUAUGCAAAUCGGUAACGUAAGGUCAGUAGGUCAGUACCUAUAGGUACAGCAAACUCUUCAACAAGGUACUUUUCGAUAAAUAACGAAUCCAUUUUCAGAAAUCUCUUCUAGCAAUAGAGUUAAGGUAUUAUUAUUAUAAUUGAGAACAGUUUUUUCUUCAAACGGGAGAUCUUCCAAAUUGAUACAUACUUCCAUUGAUCACACGUCCUGUGAUAAUUCAGUUACAAGGACUUCUGGAAAUCGAAUAUGAUAUCUCAAUAUGCCCAAUGAAAUGAUCAUCCAGGAACUAAAAGAACAGAAAUGAAAUCGGUUGUGUCCUUAGAAAGUUAUAUAAUUUUGUGGGAAAUUUAUGCAUCGUUACGUUUCAAUUGUUGAGCAGUUUAGAUGGUUCAUAUACUUGGUAUCGCAAGGAGACACAACAAUUAAUUCGUUGAUGACGAUUAGUUAUGUAAUAUGUUUUACACCUAUACAUAAUGUAUAUACACAUAUUUUAAAAUAAACUAUCUUUCUUUUU